AUGCAGUACUACUUCCUAGUUUGGAAUGGAGCAUCAGGUUCAGAGGAUUUGUCGACAGUUACCCGCCUUUGUGAACAUACAGAAGACAUAGGAGAUGUAGUUUCUAAUAUCCUGGCGGAGGGGUGGGUACAAGAUUUUGCCAUCUUGCUAAAACUCGCGAUUGAGAAAGUUCGAGAUCUAGUUUUUAAUGACUCGGAGUCUGGUGAAAAGGCCACUGUAUAUGAAUCUGCUGUCAUAGAAGCUGUGACAGAGUUUGGAAGAGCAGCAGAGCAAGUAACAACGAGGAGGACAAAUCUGAUCUGUAUGAUGAAGAUGAUGGAGUUGAACGAUGCCGAGUCGAAUCAACUUGUUUGUGAAACUGCAAAGAGCCCUGAAGAUAGCAGGGUUACCCCACUGCUAUUCAGGGCCGUAAAGGUAGACAGUACUUUGAUGGGCCAUUGGGACUUUCUGGGCUUUGAUUAG